AUGUACUUCCUUCUCACAACACUAAAAGUGGCAUAUGUUCUUACCAUACCAAGACCACCAGAAGUUGAAAGGGAGGCCAUUGUAAAAACACGAGCCAAGCAAAAAUGGGACAACGAUGACUACAUAUGUACCGGGCACAUACUCAAUGGCAUAGCUGAUGCACUAUUUGAUGUCUACCAAAAUCAGGGGUGCAGAAAAGAUCAAGAGAAUGAAGAUGCUUCUACUAUUACUACUCCAAUACUUGAGGGGUCAUCAAAUUUCAUUACUUCAAGUUCUCCAUUGAAUAGCUCAAAGCGUCCUCGACUUCUUCCAAAUCAACUGGAUGUUUUUCGUUUGGAAAGAGAUCCUGGAAUGCGACCAAUGAUUUGGAAGUUUCCUCCAAAUAAAAGAGAUGAAAUCCAUUGGGCUUAUAUUAAAGUUGGGCCAAAUCAGCCAAUUCUUGAUAAUUAUCCAUUUUCUGGUGAUAAAAGUCAUCGUCGCUUUCAAGCUUCAUGGUUUAAAUUGUUCCCAUCUUUGUUAGAAUAUUCUAUAGAAGAUGAUGCUAUAUAUUGUUUUCCGUGCUUUCUUUUUGCUAAGGAACCUUCAAUCAAUACGGGUUCAAAUGCUUUUAUUGAGAAUGGUUUCAGGAAUUGGAAGAAAGUAAAUAGUAAAAAAGAAUGUGCUCUUUUGAAUCACAUUGGCAAAGAUCCUAACUCAUUCCAUCAUAAGGCGCUGAAAUCAUGUGAUGAUUUGAUGAAACAAUCACAACAUAUUGACAGACUUCUUCAUAAGCAAACAUCAGAAGAGAUUGAAAAGAAUCGAAUUCGACUAGGAGCAUCUAUAGAUUGCAUUAGAUGGUUGACAUUUCAAGGUUGUGCAUACAGAGGACAUGAUGAAAGCCAAAGUUCAAGCAACAGAGCUAGAGACGAAUCUAAAAAGGAGCAAAUGGCCAUUGUUUUGAGAUUUGUUACUCUAGAUGGUUUUGUUAAAGAGAGAUUUUUUGAUCUUGUGCAUGUCACUGAUACUUGUGCAACAACUUUAAAGAAAGAAUUGAUUUUUGUCCUUUCUCAUUAUAAUCUCCAAGUUAAAAAUAUUAGGGGUCAAGGGUAUGAUGGUGCUAGCAACAUGCGGGGUGAGUGGAAUGGUUUGCAAGCUUUGUUUCUUAAAGAUUCUCCACAAGCAUACUAUGUGCAUUGUUUUGCUUAUAGGUUACAAUUAGCAUUGGUGGCAGCUUCAAGAGAGUUACUUCUUCAACAAUUAAGAGAUGGUGGAUGGUGCAAUUUUCUUGCAAAUGUUAAAGAUUUUUGUGAAAAACAUGAAAUUGAAGUCCUUAAUAUGAGUGCACAAUAUGUUUUUGGAAGAGGUCGAUCUCGUCAACCAAGUGUGACAGUUGAGCAUCAUUAUCGAAUAGAUGUAUUCUUGACAACAAUUGACUCUCAAAUACAAGAGUUGAAUAGUAGAUUUAAUGAGCAAACAAUAGAGCUUUUGACUUUGAGUUGUGCUUUGGAUCCUAAGGACAAUUUCAAAUCAUUCAAUAUUGAAGAAAUCAGCAAGUUAGCAGAGAAGUUUUAUCCCAUUGACUUUCCUUCUAAUGAGCUAAAUAUUUUGAAAUCUCAGUUGCAAUAUUAUCAGCAUGAUAUACCAAAUCAUUUGAAAGGUAUUGGUACACUUUCUGAAUUGUGCAACAAGUUGCAAGAAACGGGAAAAUCAAGAACUUAUCACAUGGUUGAUAGAUUAAUACGUCUUGUUUUGACUCUAUCAGUGUCUACAGCAACAACAGAAAGAGCUUUUUCAGCAAUGAAAAUUGUUAAGACAAGACUCCGAAGUAAGAUGGCUGAUGAAUUUCUUGCAGACAAUUUGAUCAUCUAUAUAGAAAAAGAAUUAGCAGCUAUUUUUGACACAAAUUCAAUUAUAGAUGAUUUUGAAAAUAGAAAAAAACGUCGAAUAGUCUUUUCAUGA